AUGGACACUGGGCUGUAUAACCCCUUGGUCUCGCCGAAGAGAUUCAAUACUUCUGCAGUACGCAACCCCUUUGACCCACGCCAGUCGAUCACACCAACCACAAGCCCUCGAGAGGGUUCCAAUUCACACACACAGAACCCGACUACCAAUUCCGCCAGAUCAAACCCAAUACCACCUAGGCCUUCAUCUCAAAACUAUGCUCAUGUGCAGUCAGCCGUGCCAACUGCGCCUAAUAGGGUCCACAGCCCUGCAACGCCCCAGCCUGUUUCAACCCGCAGUCCAUCUGUCUCUAUUGUCUCUUCGGUUCCUGUAUCUACCCCGCCGACAGCCCCUACACAGACAACUACUGCUCCACAUCAUAUAGACGGGGGCUGGACUCAGGAUAAAGGAGGGACCCAGGGUAAACCAGCAUCUGUUUCAUCAUACCAGGCACCAAAUCAGACAAGCCAGCGGCCUCCGAUCUCCCAACCAAAUGAGAAGAGCAUAUCAGCGGUAUCCUCAUCCUUUGCGUCAUCCAAUACCCCUGCAGCCUCCCACCCGGGGCCUUCUUAUAACUCUUCGUAUACCUCCGGACCUCGACGAGGUACCUUCUCUGAGUCGGCCGUGGCACAACAGCCUGGUGCGAGGAAUCCACAGUCGCGGUAUUACCCACUGCCGGAACCACUGCAGCAUCAGGAAAAACGGUGGGUUCCGAUUCAAGAGCAUUUGAGUGGCUCUAUGCCACCCGCAAAGAUGCAACGGUUGGACAAAAGGAUACCCCAGAACGACACGUUAGCGGGCAGCUCAGCCCAAGGGUCACAAGUUUCUAUGGAAUAUCCUCGGCCUCGAGGCCCUGGUAAAAUUGUUAAGAAUCGUGACGACCUGGCCCAGCCAAUAAGACGGAGCGAUGCACUGCCCAAGCACGCUUAUGAUCCCGCCACUAUCGCGCGGGAUGUGCUAAUUGCCGCGGGAAAACACCCAACGGAAAAGGUUCUAAAUCAUCAUCUUGAAGACCUACGCCAUAAUUUUACUAAAAUCGACUACCUGACAGACCUGGCAACGUUUCGUUGGGACCUGGUGGAUGUCAAGCAGCCUGAACCUCAAGUCAAUCGCAUGCCUCCGGUUCCUACACCGCAAAUACCACUUCGACCACCUCCUCAUCCUCAACCACCUUGGCAACCACUUCCACGUGACCCAAACGUUGCUGUACCAAAUCACGCGACUACACGUGACUUUGCUCCGAUGCCGUCGCGUGGCACACCGCCCAAUCGCCAAGUUGUAAUGCCGACAAGGAUCGACGCGCGUGCCCCUUCGGGCGGUUUGAAUGCUUGGUCUACUUUGCCUUUUAAACCGCCAACUUAUCAUUCCCCUCAACCGAUUUAUUCUUCAAACUUGCCUUCUGGACUUCCUAGGAUUGAUCCUGUGCCUGCAUCCCCGCAGCCAUCCCACAAAUCCGUCCCCUUACCGACUCCCUUACCGCCGCAACCCCAGCAGCGACGACAGUCCACCACGAAAGGUGCAGGCCCGCCCAAACCUCCGCAUGCAGCAAAACAAUCGACGCCUAAAUCUACAACAAAGCUUAACCCCCAAGGGCAUAUGCCCAGAAGCCAAUCGGACUCUAGUCGGACUGUGAAAUCCCCAGAGACAAGGCGUCUCCCCCAACCACAAGUCGUUAUCCUGCUUUCACCACACAAGAUGCCCCAGAGCCAGAGUAGAAGGCCAGGCCGACACUCUAAAACUGGAGCGGAGCACAUUGAAGUUAGCAUUCCCCGUGAACAGCCUGUAAAUUAUCAGAUUUUCCCAUCUCAUGUUAUCAAAGUUCACAUCCCGCACUCUCUCGUUUGCAAAUGGAAAGAAUGUGGCGACAAGACGCCAAGGGCUGCAGCAGAUAUGUUUAAGCAUAUGUCGAACGAGCACAUCUCUAAAAUGGCUUGGCAGCUUGGGGAUGGACCAACGGUGCCAGUAACUGCGGAAAACAAACCGAACUACCCUUCCAUUCUGAGUGAUCGAAGUGCUCGCAAAGGGACUAUGGUUUUGCCAGUGGAUGAACACCAGGUUAAAGCCUUCAGCAAGGCCCAUGGGAAAUUGACUGAGAAGACAAAGGCUCAAGCACUGCUCGAAGCGGGACGACACUGGAAGCAGCAAGUCGGACCCGAGAUGGAUUGGAGUGACCGCCGUCUGUCGACGCCAGCUCGUCAGAGCAGAGUCCACUGUGGUGAAAUGGCAUUUGUUGGGGAGGAUUGA